CUCCGCCCGUGCAUAAGGCCGGGCCGUGGCGCAGUGCUGGGGUGCUGCUGCCGCCGUUGUCGGUGGGCGCCGCCGCCAUGGCAGAUCAGUCUUUUGUGACUCUAGCCACAAAUGACUCUUAUGUGAAAGGAGCACUGGUACUUGGUUCAUCUUUGCAACUUCAUAGAACAACAAGGAAGUUGACUGCACUCAUAACUCCUCAGGUCUCAGAUCCUAUGAGGAAAGUGCUGGAAAAAGUCUUUGAUGAAGUCAUAUUGGUAAACAUUCUGGAUAGUGGAGAUUCAGCACACUUGGCAUUAAUGAAGAGACCUGAGCUGGGCAUCACUCUAACAAAACUUCACUGCUGGGAACUGACACAAUAUUCAAAAUGUGUUUUCAUGGAUGCAGACACAAUGGUUUUGUCAAAUAUUGAUGAACUUUUUGAGAGAGAAGAGCUGUCUGCAGCACCAGAUCCAGGCUGGCCUGACUGUUUUAAUUCUGGAGUUUUUGUUUAUCGACCUUCCACUGAAACAUACAAUCAGCUGUUACAGCUUGCCACAGAGAAAGGCAGUUUUGAUGGUGCGGACCAGGGGUUAUUAAACACCUUCUUUAGCAGCUGGGCAACAACAGACAUGAGCAAACAUCUACCAUUUAUUUAUAACUUGAGCAGCACUUCUGUGUACUCCUAUCUUCCAGCAUUUAAAGCGUUUGGUGCAAAUACUAAAGUGGUACAUUUCCUGGGAAGCACAAAGCCAUGGAACUAUACAUAUGACUCCAGAACAAAAAGUCUAAGAGAGAAAAUGCAUGAACCUAAAAUAGUUCACCCAGAAUUCCUCAACAUGUGGUGGGAUACCUACAUGGCUAAUGUUUUACCGUUACUAGAACAGCAUGGAGUUGUUAAAGAAAAUAUCACAAGUGUAAACAUGCUAUCGGGCUUGGUCUAUACUCUGGCUUUCUCUUGUGGCUUCUGUAGAGAGGCAGAGGUUACAGAGGCAGUGUCUCACAUGUCAGUAUCAGCAACAGCACCACCACCUUCACCACCAGCACCAGUAUUACCAACUAUAUCUUCACAAGAACGCAGGGAACGGUGGGAGCAAGGCCAAGCUGACUAUAUGGGGAUGGAUUCUUUUGACAACAUCAAGAAGAAACUUGACACCUACCUUCAAUAGAAAUACUUGUCUCAAACACUGUCAGUGCAAGGACUUGUUCCAGAACUAUAGCCGCUAGAAAGGUAUUGAAUGGGGUCAGUUAAACUUACUAGUAGCUUUUUGAAGACUUUUUGGUUAAAGGUUUCUGCAGUGCUACAGAUAAGAUUGAGCAAAGGCUAGGAAGCAGAAUUCCUUGGGCCAGCUAUAACUGCCCAGUUUCCAAUUCUCCCUCCUAGACUAAAAACAGGUAUUUUAAGCUCAAGUUUUGUCUGUUGCAAUCAAGACACUAAAUUGGCUCAACAUACUCCUUGAAACUGUGGGUUUGUACCUCACCUUGUUAAGGUGACUAGCAUUACUCCCUUUGCUUGCUGUUUUAGACACAAAAUCAAAUCUAUGGGAUUGCUCAUGCACUAGAGUGGUUGCCAUUCUGCCUUAUCAUAAAUGUAAUGACACCGGGAUACAUGCAGGUGUAAAAGUAAUAGCACUGCUUUAUUUUUCUAGUCACACUUGCACUGAAGAUCUGGACCAGGUUCUUAUGCCCAGGGCCUACAGCGUGGCAGAAUGCAUUUGUUAAGUUCUAUAUAGUGUGAGACUAGUAAAAUGAGUUUUAUCUGUUACUUGUAAUGUUGCACUUGACGCAAAAAUAAAAAGUUGUCAUGCACUUCUGGCUUUUCUAAACUCCGAAACAAUUAAAAAAAAAGAGCUCUGUGCAAGUCUUACUAAAAUAUUGAGCAGGUACAACUCAUAAGCUCUGUUAAUGCCAUUCUAACUACCCUCAGCAGAUGGCCAUCUUUAGUUCUGUGAAUAGAUCCAGACCCUAGUCACUUGCCAGGAAGCUGCUUAAGGCAGAUCACCUUAUCAAAGUGCCAUGUAUAUGACAGGCCUGUGGAGAAACUACAUGCUGAAGCUAUUCAAAUAAGCAGAAUGGAGUCUGGAAAGAGGGAAUGUUUAUUUCAGAAAUAAAGAAACAUCAUUCCUAAUAUAAGCCCUGUAGAACACAAAAUUGUUUUUAAAUGCAAUGCUGUUACGAAGGAAAGGUUUUCAGAUUUAGAAGUCAAAAGAUCAACUCUGUUUAAGUAACUGCACCUGCCUUGAUUAGAAAAAAAGCUAUUCUUUCCAUGUGUGCAUAGAGUGAGAGAUGAGUUGCCUUUUUUUUUUUUUUUUUUUUGCCAGAUUCAAGGCACAUGUAUUCCAGCAUACAUGUAAGAGCAGCGUAAGUGCCAUGUUAAUAAAAAUGUUCUGACACCA